AUGGUGCGCCGUAGCCUGCUGCGCGCGGCUGUCGUCGCCGCGUGCGUGGCGCCGGGCGCCGCGGAUCUGACCAUCACCAUCACGUCGCCCGUCGCCGGCCACGUCUAUCACACGGGCGUCGUGUUUCCGUCGGCCCACGUCGUCGCGGGUCCGGGCCCCCUCAGCGAUGCGGUCCUCGCGGCGCCGGGCGACUUUGAGCUCUGUGCGGACGGCGACGCGGGCGGCGACGCCGCCCACGCCGCGUGCUACGGCUUCCACGCGUUCUUCGACGAGCUUCCCGGUUUGAGGCUGGAAACCAAGGCGCUGGGCGUGGGCGGGCGCGAGUUCCGCGUCUGGCUAAGGCGCGCCGGGGACGAGGCCGCGCUCGCCGAGGCGCGCGCGCCGUACGCGGUCGGGACGCCGCCGCGCGCCGACACGAUCCUCGCCAUGCACUACGGCCACGACGCGGCGCUCGCGGUCGUUACCGGCGGCGAGGUCGAGGCCGUCAUCGAGCUCGAGCGGCUGCCGGGCGGCCGGAGGUACGAGGACGGGUGGUCCGUCGUCGAGCGUUACACGGGCCUCGCCGGCGUCGAGGCCGAGGCCGCGCGGCGGACGUAUCUCGCGCGCGUUUGGACGGAAGCCGGGCGCGCGGCGCGGCUCGCGACGGGCCGAGCGCCGGACUUUGCUUUUGGCGACGCAGUGUACAAUCCCAUGAUCCGCGACCUGAGCGCGCAGGGCGCCGCGGGGCUCCGCAUCGCGCGCGACGCGGUCGACCCCGGCGCGACGUGGCACGAGGUGGACCACCACGCGUCGCACGCGGCGCUGGCCUGUGUGGAAAUCAAAAUUUUACGGCGCGUUCGUGCUGAAUCGUCGCGUCGUCCUCCACGCCAUCGACGCGACGCCUGCUCGAUGGCGUAGCGAUGUCGGUCCCUCGCCGCUCGACUGAGCCAGGUCGGCCGCGUCAUCGCCGAGAAAUGACUUAGUGAACCCGACUCACUGGUUGAUUUCCACACAGGCGCUGGCCCUCUUCGACGCCGCGCGGCAGCUCGGCGUUCGGCACCCGCUCGUCGUGGCCUUUGACGGCGGCGGCAACGACGGCCACACGCUCGCCUUUGCGGGAAACGCGACCGCGGAGCCCCCCCUCGCGCGGCUGUCGCUCCGCGACGACGCGCUCGGCGUCGACUUCGCGGAGGUCAACUUCGCGAACCGAUACGCGGGCGUCGCGGCGGCGCUCCCGGAGGUCGCGCGGGGCCAGUGCGCGCCCGCCGCGGCGCGCGCCGCCGGCGCCUGCGCGCGGUGCCUCGACGACUGGCCCGCGGGCCGCAUGCUCGCGCUCGCCGGCAAGAUGAUGGGCUACUCGGCCCUCGGCGCCGUGCGGGCCGAGUGGCUCCCAGAGCUGCGGGCGUACUUCUUGGGGCGAAAGCACGACGCGGCCGCGCCGCGGCACCCGCACUGCUACACGUUCCCGCUGCGCGCGCUGACGAACGGCGCGCGCGCGGACCGAGCGGCGCAGCGGGCCCUCGCGCGGACCGCGCAGCGCGCGUUCGAGGACCUCGUCGUGGAAAUGGUCUCGGGCCUGCUCGCGCGGCACCCGGGCCGAUUUGACGGCGUCGCGCUGAGCGGCGGCGCCGCGCUGAACGUGCUGGCGAACGAGCGGCUCGCGGCGCGCCUCGACGUGCCGGUGCACGUGCCGGCGGCGCCCGGCGACUGCGGCCUACCCAUCGGCUCGGCGUGGCUGUUGCGGCCACCGCCACUCGCGACGGCCGGGGGCCUCCAGCACGCCGGACCGUUACCCUGGGACAGCGCGCUCCUCGGCGCGUACGCGGCGCGGCUCAACGCGACGCGCGUGUCCGUCGAAGACGUCGCCGACCUCCUCGCGGAGGAGAACGUGGUCGGCGUCGUCCGGGGCCGCGCCGAACACGGCCCCCGGGCGCUCGGCCACCGCUCGCUCCUCGCGGUGCCCGCGCGCGGGAUGAAGGAGCGCCUCAACGGCCUCAAGAAGCGCGAGUGGUUCCGGCCCGUCGCGCCCGUCGUCGCGGUCGAGGCCGCGGACCGCAUCUUCGAGCGCCGCGACGUGCGCUCGCCCUACAUGUCAUUCGCGCCAGCGCUCCGGGCUGCCGCCGCGGAGCGCUGCCCGGCGAUGACGCACUACGACCGGUCCUCGCGGCCCCAGACCGUCGCGGCCGCGGACGACGCGUGGCUCCACGCGCUCCUUCUCGCCGUCGCCGCGCGGACGCGGUGCGAGGCGCUCAUCAACACGUCCUUCAACGCGCGCGGCAGGCCCAUCCUGAACACCAUCGCCGACGCGCUAGGCUUGUUACGCACCGACGACGACCUCGACUACGUCCUCGUCGACGACUGGCUCUUCGCGAAGCGCGACGACCUCGCCGCGGCCGUCGUCGAGCUAUCCGGCGUGGACGCGGGCCGCGGCCACUUGUGA